GUAGUGUUACAUGACGGUGAAUUCAAGUGAUGACACUUUUGUGCUUCUCUCUCAAACGCAUGUGUAUAUUUAAUGGGUUUGGCGGCCCCUGAUUGAGUCAACCAGGUUGAAUGGAGAUUACUCCAAAAAGUGUUCAGUUUGGGCGGCUUUAGUUCUGACAUUAUCAGAUCACUGGACAGUGGAGAACUUGACUGGGCUUGUCCAGUCCAAUAGGACAUCUGAUUUAGUGCCGCUAGGAAGAUGAAAAUGAAAAAGUUCUACUAACCAGCGCCUCUUGGAUGUUUUGAAGAUCUACACCUACUUGGGGUUUUUGCAAGCAGCUGCUUGCGUUUUUAAACUGCCUGGAAAAACUGAUGCUGACGCAAAUGUUAAUUCCUUAAUAAUUGCUUGUCCUUGAGCUCUGUUUACUCAAAUUCCCCGGGAAAAGUUGGCAUGGAAAUUUGAUAGUAAGUAGGCCCAUGUCCAAAUCUGCCGGAUUCGGAUAACUUGGAAUUCUAAAAGGGUUAAACCUCCGGUUCCAAAUGCAAUCUUGACGAUGAGUGAAACCGAGAGGAAGCGUCCGGUCAUUGCUGGCAGAGAAAAAGGGCCAGGACCUGGUCGAUACAUCCUUCCACCGGCUAUAGGCUUUGUAGGCCACGAUUUCACCAAAUUAACAAGCCCCGCUUAUUCCUUUCAUGGCAGGAUGAGUAACGACAUGCACAGCAUUGACUGUAGUCCAGGGCCUAAGUACCAUAUCGAUGCCAAACUGACUCGCUUUGGAAGAGACGGCACCCCUGCCUAUUCCAUGAACGGCAGGACGGAAAGUCGAGCAGCCGUCUUCUCCACUCCCGGACCGGGAGCGUACAGUCCCGAGAAAGCCUCUCUGUGCAGCAUCCAUCGCAAACCUCCGUCCCACACCAUGGGCUAUCGAACGCCGUAUCGCUCGCUGGACACCGUGCCUGCCCCGAACAAAUACACCCUACCUUCUCUCAUGGGCUCCGGCGUCUCCACCAAAACAUCCAGUGCCAGUUACACCAUCUCUGGGAGAUGCAAACCUGGGGCUCCGACCGAGGACUCCUCUAAAACUCCGGGGCCUUGUAGAUACAACCGCACGGAUCCCAGUGUCUAUCUCCCGAGGCAGCCGGCGUUCUCCAUGCUGGGGAGACACGCUGCUGCAAGGGAGCCCGCCGUGGAACCAGGCCCAGGAAGUCACAACCCAGAGAAAGUGACCGUGCACAAGCCCAGACCUCCUGCUUUCUCUUUAGGGAUCAGGCACUCGGAGUUUGUGACCCCUUUAAUAGCAGAUUAGUAGUGUUUUUGUGCAUGCGGAUCUUUUUCCUGCUCGUUUUGAACAGUUUCUCUGCUUGUUUAAAAAGGGUUUGGUGAACACUCUUAGUGCAAUUUCUAGUCAGAUAAAUAUUGUAGAAGUUAGCAUAACUAAAACCAUUAAUCAGUGACUCUUCAAAUUAUUAAAUUUUAAUAUAAAAUGUUAAACACAAUCACACAUUUAUAUAAAUGCUGUCAUAUUAUGAUUAAUUGCAUCCAA